CAUUUCUUAACAUUAUUUUGAAUUCUUCAAAUUUGAUCUGGUAUAAAAGAAAAAUGACGGAAAGCUAAGCAAUUGUAUUGUAAAGAAAUUCGAGGUUUCUAUUAUUUGAGACAAUUGUCGCAACUUCCACUAACAAAAUUUGAGGAGAGAAUUGCUCCGGAAACGUUUUUUGAAUCGAAACAAGUGUUUAUGAAGAUCAAUGGUUUUAAAAUGGAAAUACCAACUUGCUUUAUUUGUUGGCAAUAAUGAUUUUAUCAAAUGACAAAGUUUUUAUAUUAUGUCAAUUAAUUAAGAUUAUUAAUUACUUUUAAAUUUAAAGGAAUAAGACAACAAGAAUAUAAAUAGCUUUAACAGUGCUUGCCUUAUGCAUGAUUUUUAGUGUAUAAUGGAAGAGAGAUUUAGAACGACACUUCUACAAUAUUUUAAUCAGGUUGAUAAAGAAAAAAAAGGACUCACGGAAGACCUAAGAAAAAUUAAAGAAGACUUUUUUCGCUAUGAAGAAGAAAAAAUUCGCUACAGAUGCGAAAACUUACAUAAAGAUAAAGUUAUACGCAAGUUAACUGAGAAUGGCAAGCUGCUUGUUGCAGAAAUUGAACGACUUAAGGCACAGAAUAAACACUGUGAUUCUGAACUCGUAAAAGUUAUAGCGGAAAAUAAUGAACUGCGGAAGAAAAUUUCUUUUGAAAAUGACGCCAUACCACAUUUAGAGAAUGAACUGCGCAAUUUGGCAGAAGAGAAUCAAUACUUAAAAUUACUAUCUGACGACACAAAAGUAAUGCAGCAGAAAGAUGAAGAAAUCCAGAAAUUUUCUGCUCAAAGUGAGCAUUACAAAAGCUUAUGUGAGAAGUAUCAUCACGAUUUGCAUUUGCAAGCAGAAACUUUAAACAAACUGUCAACAGAAAAUAGUUUGCUCAAGUCAGAAUAUAAAUCUAUUACAGCUGAUAGAAGUAAGUUAUACAACGAACUACAACAAAAACAAGUAACGUUGCAAUCGGAGUGUUGUCGAUUAGAAAAAGAACGUGCUGAUUUUGAAAAAGAAAACUUCGAGCUUAGAAACGUUUUGAAAAAAUUAGACCUUCACUUGGCUGAAAAACAAAAAAAAAUCGAACAGCUUGAGUCGAACAUAAGUACCGAGCAUAAAAUGUUUAUUGAACAAACCAUGUACACCAAGCAGAUCGAAGAAAGCUUUAAUCGUUUAAAACUCCAAAAUGAAGCAUCAGUAAAAGAUAAUGACUUGAAAACUAGAAAUCUAACCAACGAAAAUUCAAAUUUGAAACAAGAUCUGGAAACUGCUCGCCACGAGCUUCAAACACAGAGACUUACAACUGAUAAUCUUCUCUAUGAAGAUGGCUUAAAAAAAAUGACCAUUGAAAAAUUAAAUUGCAAGAUAAAAGAUCUUCUUAACAAAAUUAACGAACAGAUCAAACGCGAGUUCAGACUUCAACAAGAGAUAAACGAUAAACAAACAGACUUUGACUCUAUUGUUAGUUCUAAGAAUGCUCUUGAAAUUAAAAUAAAAGAUUUAGAAACAGUAUUAGAAAGAGAAAAAGACACGAAUGGAAGAUUAAUUAAUGAGACAAAUCAUGCUAAAUCAAGAUUAGAAAGAUUAGAAAAUGAAAUAUUAAGUCAUACUCGCAUAAAAUGCGAACUAGAACAGGAACUCGACAUAGCCUAUAAAACCAUUGAAACAUUGCGUAAAAGUUGUGAAUUAAGUGAUGAACAAAGAAACAAAAGCAAAAAAGAAGCAGAACAUCUGCGAGAACAAAUAAGUACUUUGGAAAAUGAUAUGAUAGCGAUGAAAAUCCAGAUGGAAGAAUCAAAAACGCAAUACACAAGUGUAGUUAAAAAAUUUGAAAGUUGUGAAAUGCAAAGAAAUCGCUUGCAAAAAGAAAUGAUUAUUUUACAAAAGAAGUUAUGUGAAAGUGUUUCUAUUUUGCACACUAACAAUCAAGAAAUUGUUUGCGAAAUGCCUGAUAUGAAAAAAGAAACUACAUUUAAAAAUGAAUGUGCAGUUCUAAAUCUUGAAAAAGAAGCUGAAACUAGCGAGCUUCAUUUAGUGCAAACAUUCAAUUGGAAGGAUGAAUCAGCUCAUGAUGUUGAAAAUUAUUAUUUUCAAAAAACGAAUCAAAAACUCUCUGGUGAAUUGAAAACAUUAACGAAUUCAAUUGAUUCAAUGAAGAAUUUAUUAAGUGAAAGAGACCAGCGAAUUGAUAUUCUUUCAAAUCAAAAGCGUCAGUGUGAAGUGCAAUUCAAUGUUGUUUUGGAAGAAUUGAAUGACUUGAAGAAAUCUGUCAAUCUUUACGAACAAAACAUAACUCAACUAAAUGAAGAAAAAUUGCAACUCACAAAAGAAAUACACAAAAAUGGUGCUUUAAUAAAAGAUUUGAAAUUGGAAGUGGAACAAAAAAAUAAUCUGUUUACUGAAUUGAGCGAAACUCUAGCGCUAAAGAAUAAGUUAGUAGACGAACUUGCCACCGAGGCAGCCCAAAAAGACAAAACUGUUAAGGAAUUAGUCAUCGAGGUAAGACAAAAAGACGAUAUUGUUAAAGAUUUAAUUAACGAGGUAUCCCAAAAAGAUAAGUUUGUAAAAGAAUUAGGCAGCGAGUUAAAUCAAAAAGAAAAUUGUAUUAAUGAUUUAUUUGGUGAAUUAGCUGAACAAGAAAUAUUAAUAGCUGAUUUACAAGAAAAAAUCAACCAAAAUAAUCAAACGUUUGACGAAGAUAAACGAAAGCAAGAAUCUCAGGUUCUUGAGCUCCAAAGUAAGUUAGAACAAAAGGAGCUGAUUGUUGAUGAAUUAGAAAUAUGCGUUGAAAAGCUCCAAAAAGAGUUCGAAAAACUUAACGAGAACCAAAAUAAAAAUCUUCUUAUAGAGUUAUAUUCAGAGUUAGACGAAAAAAAUCGUGAAAUUUAUGAAUUAGAAGUCAAUUGUAAAAACUUUAGAGACCUUGUUGAUAGCCAACAAGAAAAUAUAGAUAAAUUAAACGUUUAUAUUCAAUUGCAAAAAGAACGAAAAGUAGGCAAAGAUAAAGAGGUAACAAAAGAACAAAGCACUGCUUCGUUGGAUGUUACUAAUUUAUACAAUACCUGCACAAACGAUAUAAUAACUACAAGGAAACUACCUACAACAAAUGUUUUAAGUGAACAUCUUCAUACUGAUAGUAUAAGCUCCAGUUUUGAUAUUUCUUCAGACACAAAAGACUUUUCAAAUAAAAACGCGGUUUUAAAUGUUCAGCGUGAUACAGAUUUCUUAAAGCAAACAACAAAUGCAGUUAUUGAAUCAAAAACUAAUGAUAAUAUAAAUGAGCAACUGAGUGAAGUUAUUGUCUUUAAAAAAGAAUAUUUAGAUGCAUUAGAAGCGCUUAGGCAAAAAGAUAUCUUAAUUCAAGAGCUUCGAGAGUCAAUUCAAAAUUUUGAAAAAGAAAAUACUUUGAACGACUCGGGUAACUUUUUUGAUAAUACGAGUGAUUCUAAUACAAUGGGAAGAAAAACAAAACCAUUUUCUACAUCUUCUGCACUAAUGGAACUAAAACUUCCACAGCCUGGCUCCUUCUCCAUUGUACAAAGUUCAUCAGAAAUGGAGAGUACUUCAAGAAAUAGAACGGCAUCACUGCCAACAACGCCAAUCCCAUUUAAACCACCACCCGCGCCUUCUUCAAAUAUAGCUGGAGCAAUUACAAUUUGGGCUGAAGAAAGAAGGAGGUUUGAAUUAGAAAAAAAAGAACUGAUGAACAAGUUUAAUCAAGAAAUACGAUUAACCAAAGAGCGCAAUCUGAAAGUUGAAGCCAGCGCAGAGGACCUAAGGACUGAAAUAGUAAGGCUUAAUUCUGAGGUUCUUGAUAAAAAGAUAGAAAUAAGAAAGUUAGAAGAUGACUUGAAACUUGCACAAAGAAAACAAGAGAGAGCAGAAGAGUCAUACAGAAAGGUAGUGGCAAAAAAUGAAACGUUAGAACAUGAAAUUUUUGAAAACCGCCGAAAAAUUCGUGAGGUCCAGGCUAAAAGAAAUGCCAGCGAGGUAACAGAAUUGCAUUACAAGAGAGAAUUAAACAAAUUGAAUAACAGUGCUGAAAGUCUUGGAGAACAUUGUUCUGUUUUAAUAAAGGAACGCGAAAUGCUCGAGGAAAAAGUAAAAAUUCAGGAUAGAUAUCAUGAAGACUUAUUAGAAAAACUUAAAAAUUCUCAACGUGAGGUUGAUUACUGGAAGCACAGCGUAGAGAUGAUUCAAAAAGAAUGCCAGGAACUUAUGUCGCGUAACGAGGACCUUGAAAACAAAAAUCAAAAACAAAGCCUGAAUCUUGAUACAAUUGAAUCAAACUUAAGAGAAACUCAAGAUGAUGCCAAUACAUGGAAAGAAAAGUCAAUUUAUGUUGAUGAAAUCUGUGGAAAGUUAGUGAAUGAAAAUCGAUCUUUAAAAAAAGAUCUUUCGGCUCAAUCAGAACACGUGCAAGAUAUUCAAAAUAAACUGAAUGAAGUUAAACAACACGGGGAUAUCUUGAAUCAGCAAAACUCCGAGUACAAAAGCGUUAUAAAUGAAUUAAAAUUAAAAGUUAAUGAUUUAGAAGAAGAGAUUAAAAAUCUUUCACAACAAAAAAAGCAACUUGAACAAAUGAUUCAAGGAAACAACGAAACCCAAAAAGAAUUACUUACAGAGAAAGAUAUAGCCGAAAACAAUUCUAGGUAUUUACAGCAUAAAAUUAACGAGUUAAGCCAGGUUGUCGCACAAAAAGAAAACAUAAUUAGCAGACAUAAAGAGAAAGAAACAGAAUUAACAACACAACUUUCUGAAAUAACGGAACAACUCAAAGUAAAAAAAUGUGCAUUAAAACAGACAACAUCAAACUUAGAUAAUGAGUUAACAAAUGUUGAACGCCUUGAAAAACUUAACUGCGACAUGAACAAAGAAAACAAAAAAUUAAUGAACGAGUUACUUGCGUUAAAAGAAAAAAUACAGGAGACAAAUCGAGAAAACGCUUUGUUAAAGGAUAAAAUCAAAAAGCUCGAGAGAGAGCAAAAUAAUUUAGAUAACAUGAUUGCUAAAACACAAAAAUCGAAUAGUGAACUUAUGGAAAGUCAACAAGCGGCAGUAGAGGAAGUUAAGUCAUUUAAAAACAAAAACAGCAUGCUUGAGCAGGAAGUAAUAAACUUGAAAAAAGAAAAAGAUUUUCUUGCUAACAAGUUGCUAUCAGUUGAAUUAGAGUUUAACAAAGCUAAAGAAAAUUUUACAAGAGAAAAUGCUGAGCUUGUAAAAGAGUUAGAGUAUACAAGGCGAUCUAUGGGAGAGUUUGAAAAUAUUUUAGACCAAGGACAACAAGAUUUUGACGAAUUGGAGAAUCAACUAGAAGUCUAUAGAAGAGAAAAUAUAGAGUUGGAUGAAAAACUUCACGGAGCAUUAAAAGAGCACAUACGGCUGCAAGCUGAGCUAGAAGAAUUUAAAAAAAAUUGCGAAAAACAGAUCAAUGAGUUAGAAACAGCUCGCCGUGAAAGAGAUAAUGAAAAACAUCAACACGAAAAUUUAAAACAAUUAAAAAUCUCUUUAGAUAGCCAACUUACCGAGAGACGCAACAGAGAAGAUAUUUUUGAAGAAAGGUUGCGUGGUUAUGAGCAACUUUUGAAAUCUAAAGAAGAAACACUUCUCUGCGAAAAAAAAGAAAAAGAAAACAUGCAAGUUGAUUUAAUUAAAUUCCAAAAAGAACUUAUUGAUUGUAUUACGCGCCAAGAUGAAACAAGAAAAGACAUCGAAAAUAAAAACAAAGAAAUAAUAGAAUGGAGAAUAAAAUGCGAUCAUUUCCAGAAUAAAAUCACAACAUUAAGUAGCGAAAAUGUUAACCUUAAAUCUCAGUUUGAUACUUUGACAAAAAACUUUGACGAAACUCAACAAAAAAUGUAUAGAUUCAAAGUUGAGAAAGAAGAGCUUGAACAAGAACAUCGAAAAUUUUCGAAACGCGUAUGCGAGCUCGAGUUAAAGCUGGAAGAUGAGCAAGCCACUCACGUUAUUGAAAAAGAUCAGCUUUUAACAGAACUUUCUGCUCUGAAGAGAAUGACUAAUGAAAAAGAUAUACUAAACGAAAAACAUACUCAUCAUCUCACAAACAAGGAAAAAGAACUUUAUAACAUGUCACAAGAAAAUGAGAAGCUAAUUGAACAAAUCAAAACAAUUGAAGAGGAGCGGGAGAUGGAAAGACAAACAUUGUAUGAAUCUCUUGAGAUGUGGAAAGAUAAGGCUAAUGCAAUAGAAGUUGAAAUGUCAGCAGAAAUUACACAGUUGCGUGCAACAAUUGAUGCAAUGGAUCAUUCAAACAAAAAUGAUGCUUCACUUAUUCAAGCCACUGUUCAGGAAAAUAAAUCUCUCAAGUCUAAAAUGGAAGAAGAUAAACAAAGAAAGAAGCAAAAUGAAAUGGAUAUCGACUCUUUGAAGUAUGAUAUCGUUCAACUUCAAAAUGUUGUUGAUUCGCUUGAAGGUAGGAACGAAGAACUGUCCAAACAAAACAUGCAGAUCAAAGAUUUAUUACUCGAUUUAGAAAAAAAGAAAAAAAACAUUGAAAUUGAGAAAAUAAAGUUGAUGGAGGAUUUAAAUGCAAAGGAAGAAUACAUACAAGAUCUUCAGAGCGAUAAAGGUCUAACGGAAAAAGAGAAGCUUAAUCUCACGUCUGAACAUAGUAAAUUAAUAGCUGAAAUGAGAAGUUUAAAAGAACAACUUAUUAAUUACGAAGAAAUAAAAACAGAAAACGAAAGUUUGAAGUACGACUUAGAAGCAAUAUUAGACGAGAGGCUCUCAAUGCAGACCCAAAUUAACGAGUUAUCACAUUUUCGAGCUGACAAUUACGAUUUACGUUCUCGAGUAGAUCGAGUAAUUGAUAUGGAAAAUGAAAACCGAAGUUUAAAACAAGAUCUUCGCGAAAAAGAACUCGCCUAUCGUGAUAAUCUGGAUAAAUCUAAUCGUGAAAAUGCAUUAUUACGUCGUCAAGUCGACAACUUAGUUAAAAAAAUUCAAGAUCUUGAGUUAAGGCAUGUUAACUUUGCACGUUCCAGACCUCUAUCUGGACUGUAUUUUGAAUCGAAAAAUACUGACAUUCGACCUAAAGCCUAUUCAUACGAUAAUUUAAGUGAAGUCGGUAUUGACGAUUUUACGCCUAUUAAGAACGCUACAAGCACACCAACUCAGGACAAUAAACAAGGUCAGACAUCAGAUCUAUCACGCCAGCCUGAAUCUAGUGUUGCAAAUACAAAACAAAAACUUGUCGAAUUUCGCGUUGUAAAAACACCACGUGAUGAUUAUCUAUUGAAGAACGACGAAGCCAUAAAAAUAAGAAAAUUUGAUUCAAGCUAUGCUCACACUCCGGAAGAGAAAUUAACUUUAAAUAUACAGUCAAAUCCUUUUUUGCAGCGCGAUAAAUCAAUGAACAGUCAACAAUCUAAACCAAUAAAUAGAUCUCCAACAAAAUCUCCAGGUCAAGAUUACCUUAAAAAAGCAGCACUAUCAUUUGACAUGCGUCCGCAAUCAGCGGAAACUAUAAAACAAGACUCCCUAGUCAAAAGUCCGACAAAAACUAAGAAUGGAAAUGAUUACGUUAACAAAUUAAAAGCUAACUUUGAAAAAAAGCAAGAUGGUAAUUGAUGAAUUAAACAAUAGGCACGUGAAGCUUUUAUAAAAGUGGAUGUAUAGUCAAAUUUUUAUUGAUCUAGAAAAAGUUACUCAAAGUUUUUUAGUCUAUGAAUAACUUUUGUAAAAUUUAAAUUUUUUUAUUAUACAGUAGGCAUGACAACCAUUCAAGAGCAUUUUUAGUGAUUAAAUAUUUAUGUCUAAGAAGGUUGCGUCCAUUUAGUCAUUUUUUGUGGAUGUUUAAAAUUUUAUAACAUUUUUGUAGGUAUGAAGUUUGAUAAUUGAUUUGUAAAAUAGUAAUGUUUUUUUUGUAUUUUUAUUUAGUUUUCAUUUUGGAAACUUUAUUUUGAUAUCAAACUUUGUUUUAAAAAUUAUUUCUGCUUUUGGUCAUAGUCUGUUUUCCGUCAGAAAUAUUUUCCUAUGAAAUAAUAUUGUAAGCAAAACCAACGUUUAAUGUCUACACUGUUAAUAUGUUAUUUAUUAUGUAUAUAUCUAUAUAACUUGCUACUGAUACAA